AAUAUCAUUUCCCUCACAUGCGUACUGCCUUUUUUUUUCUAAGUGGCAAAUCCGUAAAUAAAUCAAAAUACCACAAUUCUACAAUGUGAAAAUCCUCCUCAACUGGGUCUAGACUCUAGACUAUGGUAAUGGGGAGCAGCAGCCGCCAAAGCAGCGGCAGCAAUAGCAGGCGGGUGAGGGCGUUCAAGCGAUGGAUGAAGCAGGAAGGGAUUGAAUGCAGCGACGCCCUAGACUUGCGGAACGACGGAGCUACCGCCGGAGGAGUGGGAAUCAGUGUCAGAGCCGUCGGCGACCUCAAGGAAGGGGACGUGGUGGCCAGAAUACCAAAGCUGGCGUGCCUCACCAUCAGAACCGCCGCCGCUGCUGCCGAACCUGAGGCUGCCGAGGCUUUGGAAAAUGAGGAGGAGUUGGUCGGGCUGGCGGUGGCUCUGAUGUACGAGAGGAGCCUGGGGGAGCGCUCCCGGUGGGCCCCGUACCUGGAGCUGUUGAGCGAAGAAGAGGCGGCGGCGUUGCCGUUGGUUUGGAGUGCCCAAGAGGUGGAGCGUCUACUGCAAGGGACAGAGCUGGAGGCGGCGACGGUCAAGGCAGAGAGGUCUGAUAUGAGGAAGCAGUGGAAGGAGAGCGUUGAGCCCUUGCUGCUCAUGCUUCUUAAUUCCAAUUCCUCCAAUUCAUUCCAAUUCCAGGACUACUUAGUAGCAAGGACAUUCAUUUCUUCUCGGUCUUUUCGGAUUGAUGAUUACCACGGAAUCGGAAUGGUUCCUUUGGCUGACCUGUUUAAUCACAAAACCGCAGCUGAGGAUGUCCACUUGAUGACCUCUCCUCAGAGUAGUCAAUCUGACUCUGACACCCCCCAGCAAACCACAGAAUCUGCUUCUGCUCCUUCUGAUGCUUCCGGCGAGGAGGAGGAGGACGACGAGGACGAGGACGAUGAUGAUUUGGAAAUGACUAUGGUGAAAGAUGUCAAACUUGGAGCUGAGGUCUUCAAUACAUACGGGCCAUUGGGUAACGCAGCCCUGCUUCACAGAUACGGUUUUACAGAGCCUGAUAAUCCAUAUGACAUUGUCAAUAUCGACUUGGAACUCAUCCUCCGCUGGGGUUCCUCCUUCUCUGGCCAGCAUCGUAGAGCAAGGGUAUCCCUCUGGAGACGAUUUCAUUACUCUGGGUGUGUCACCCACGACUCUGAAUAUUUUGAGAUUUCAUUUCAUGGACAACCCCAAUUUGACAUGUUGGUUUUAUUGUACAUAAUGCUCUUAGCCGACGAAGAAUACUAUAAGUUGGAUCUUGCUAUUGCAACUGCUGGAGGAAGCUCCGAUGAACCUAUGCAUGUCGACAUCAUUUUUCCAGACAAAAGCCAACAAUUGCGCCACAAUGCUGAAAUGUUGACCGAGGAACUGUUGCUGACAAAAUCUCUUUGUAAUGCUCUUUCGUCCCUCGCAGAUAUGCGGGACAGCCUGUAUGGUGCAAAUUCAUUAGAAGAUGAUAUCAGAGCAUUGGGUAGGUGUAGUUGCAUAAGUGAGAAGAAGUUGUACCAUUCUUUGGUGCUUCGUAUCAGUGAGAGGAAGAUCCUUCGGAAGCUUCAAAUAUAUGCUGCUAAUGCUAAAGAAGCCUCUUGGACGAACAAGUUGAAAAGAAAAUGAAUGUCUUGGCUUUCCUUUUCGCACUCCCUGUUUUCAUGCACUGGCUACGAGUUCCUUGCCAAAGUGAAGGUAUGGAAGUCACAAUGCUGUCAUGUUGCCAUAAGAGUGAUUAUUUUUGCUGAAAUGGAGACCAUUAUGAAGCAAUUGGGGCAGUGCUUUCUCGUUUCCCCGCUAGAAAGCUCUAGCUGAAUCCAGUUUUCUGGCAUUUUUAUAAACCAUCGUUUUAAACUCUUGUCACGGAGAAUAGGACUUGGCAGAGCAUUGCUUCUUUUUCUUGUGUCCAAGUCCUCUCCGUUGAUUGUGGGUCUGUACAUGACUGUCGGAGUCAUCUACAAAUUUUGUAGUUACCACGGAUUGCUUUCACUUCUUAAUUAGAGCACUUAUUUUCCUGUGCACUUUGAAAAGUCUCCAAUAUAUAUGUGUGUCUUUGGAGUUAUUCAUCUUUAUAGUAUUUGGAUUCUUAGGUGUAGCAUAUUUUGUGAUUGGAAAGGAAAGAAGUAUGCAUUAUGAC